GGCGGGGCCACGGCGCUCACGUGAUGUUUGGGUGCCGGCGGUGACGGGCGCGCGGCGGCAGGAACAAUACUGCUGAGCUGGGCCUUGGGUCCAUUGGGUUAUUGCUGCCAAGUUCCCAACAAGUGGCUCCACAGCACAGCAGAAUAAAAUUGUGGGUGAGAUUAGAAGAAAGUCUUGUGUGCCCAGGAGAGCAGGACUUGGGAAGCAGCUGGUGUGACAAGCUUGAAAGCCAGAACCCUGUCUCUGACUGCACACUAGACAUGACACAGUUUGAAGUGUAAUCCAGCAUCCAUCACUAUCCAGAAAAUGUCUUAUGGAUCCAUUGAUGGGAGUGGAUUUGGGAGCAGGAACCCAUUUGGAGGCCCUUCCAGACAAGGCUAUCAACCUCUCGCCACUCAGAUUGAUCCCAGCGAGCUGCAGGAACUUUUUCAGGAGACUUCAGCCAACGUCUUCCGAAUUAACUCCAAUGUGACCUCUCUGGAAAGAAGUCUUCGAUCCCUGGGGACCUCAAACGAUACUCAAGAGCUGCAGGAUGGACUGCAUGCCACCCAGCAGGAGACUAAUAAAACCAUCACGACUAGCACCAAAGCCAUCAAGCAGCUGUCUGAGGUUGUCAGAGGCUCAUCCAGGCAAGAAAGGCUUCAGCUGGACAGGCUGAAGAACCAGCUGUCUGAUGCCAUCCAGAGAUACGGAGCUGUGCAGAAGAAAAUAGCAGAGAAAUCCAAAUCUUUGCUUCCUACUGGGCAGAGAAGCACCAAACAGCAGAGCCCUAAGGCCCCCUUCUCUGACCUGCCUGACGAUGAGAAGAUCUUUAACGGAGGCGAUGGCGCGUGGCAGAACCAGGGCCAGAACCAAGCCUUGCUCUCGGAAAUCACAGAGGAGGAUUUGGAAGCCAUCCGCCAACGGGAAGAGGCCAUCCAGCAGAUUGAGAGCGACAUGCUGGAUGUGAACCAGAUCAUCAAAGACCUGGCCUCCAUGGUGCACGAGCAAGGAGACACAAUAGAUAGCAUUGAAGCCAACAUUGAGGCCUCUUCUUCCAAUGUAGAAUCAGCCAAUGAGCAGUUGGCAAAAGCAAGUCAGCACCAACUACGAGCCAGGAAGAUGAAGUGCUGCCUCCUCUCCAUCGCUUUGGCUGUUCUGCUGCUCGUUGUCAUCAUCAUCGCGGUCUCCGUCAAGCGCUGACCUGGCUGAGCUUUGCACAGAGCCUGUGGUCACCCUGGGAAGUGGAAUGGAUUCUCAAGGCACUGCACAUUCAGGCCCCACGUCCAUGUCUGCAUUUCUGAUCACGUCAUAUUAAACCUGCUAUAACCAACAAGCACUAAUUGUAUGAAAGAAAAGCUAACUUUUAUACUGUGUUUUGGUAUCAUUGUGAAUAAUUUUGCCUAUUCCCCCCCCCCCCUUUUGUCAUAGGCAUAUUUUACCUUAUGUUACAGAUUUUAAUUAUGCCCCCUGUAUCUGGGGAAUUCUAUUUCUUUGCCUCCAUAUUUGCUAUGCAAUGUGAUGUAAGAUAAGUAGCUGUUAAUUCAUCUCUAUUGUUUGUGUUUUUAACACGC